UUAAGUCCAAUCAGGGCGUCCAGCUGCAGCUGUGGUACCGACAGUCUGCACAACACAAACCUGCAACUCUUACCACAGAUAUUCUGGAAAACUGAGAGGAAAUAAACCCUCAAAAAAUACAUCCAGCCAUGACCUUACAGCUCAGAACCAAAGCUCGACUCUUCGACCUGCACUGCUCCAUCGGCCUGACGGACUGGGACAUGGACAAGGAGCUGAAACUGGCAACGACCACAGACCAGUUUUAUCACGAUGACAAACUGAGUGAUCAGUACGUGGUCCAGAGGCCUUCUGCCAGAGCCUCCAGAAGAAAAGAUGAAUUCAUUUGGUACGAUAAAACGUCAGACACCUUUGUGAAGCCAAACCUGUGGCUGCUGGUCAAUCCCAGUAUCGCCUGUCCGAUCCAGUACGGAGAAAACGGGGCAGAUCUGCCGACAGAACCUGCUGAGGAAACCCACACGGCUCCUCUGGACCCUGCAGCGACCCGACACCAGCUGAACUCAGAGCUGCGCCUGUUUUCCUGUCAUGAUGCUUCUCUACAGGAGGAACUGCUGCACUCUGUGUCCUCCUCUGCUGAGUACAUGAUCCAGAAUGACGACGUCUCCUGUCGACCAGCCAAGAACAGACGCAAGGGAAGGACCACCAAGGCCAGGGACAGUAAGAUCCUGAAGCCGGGCUGCUGGCCUCGUCCGCCGGUGAAUUACUGCAUCCUCAUCGCUUUGGCGCUCAAGAGCAGCCAUUCUGGGAGCCUCAAAGUCCAGCAGAUUUACCAUUUCACCAGGAAGUGGAGGCUUGGUGGUGAUGGUGGUGGAGUUACAGGAGAGGUGGCUGCCAAAGCACUCACUGCAGUUCAAGACUGCAUUUCAUCAUUUGUAAGCGUGACACCACUGGAUAUUUUUCAGGAGACCUCGGGACAAUGUGUUUCAGGAGAGAACUUCCCGUUCUUUCAGACGGCUCCAGACGGCUGGAAGAACACCAUCCGGCACAACCUGUGCUUCAACAACAGCUUCCGCAAAACCUGCAACCAGCUGUGCAGAGACGGAAAGAGGAAGUCGUGUUUUUGGCACCUGACUCUGGACGGCCAGCGGCGGCUAAAGGACGAGAUUUGCACGCUGACGGGAGAGACCUUCAAACAGCUGGAGAGGAGCAUGGCCCACCCAGAUGUAAUACGGACUUUGCUUGCACUGUGACUGCAGUUGUAUCAGAUCGAUGCAUAAUAAUAAAACUAUACAUGCAGAAAGUU